AUGUCUCUCAGCAAACAUGCCCUCUCCCUCGUCCUCUACCUCUGUGCUUCCUUCCUCCGCUCCGGCUUGCAUGUCGACGGCUCUGAGGAGCCGAAGGCUUACAUUGUUCACGUCAAGGGCCCCGAGAAGGUGGACUUCGAUGUCGCAGAACAGUGGAGCGAUUGGUACUCCUCUCUCUUGGAGAGUGCAGCUACACCAUUAGGACUGGCGUCUGAAGAAGGUGACCCGCGCUCGCGCCUUAUCUACUCCUACCGCAACGUCAUGACGGGCUUCGCUGCGCGGCUCACCCCGAGGGAGGUGGAGGCAAUCUCGACGAUGGACUGGUUUCUGCACGCCUACCCCAGCCGUGUUUACCGCCUUAAGACAACACACACACCCGAGUUCCUGGGACUGAGGCUCCGGAGCCACGGCGUGUGGAACGAGAGCAACAUGGGCGAAGGGAUCAUCAUCGGCCUCCUCGACACCGGCGUCACCCCCGGCCAUCCUUCCUACGACGACCACGGCAUGCCGCCGCCGCCGGCCAAGUGGAAGGGGCGCUGCGACUUGAAGGCGUCGGCUUGCAACAACAAGCUCAUCGGUGCAAGGUCUUUCAUCAAUCACGACGGACGCGACCGUCGGUCGACUGGCACGCCCGUCGACGAAGAAGGUCACGGCACGCACACGUCGAGCACCGCCGCCGGGGCGUUCGUGAAGCAUGCCAACGUCAACGGGUUCGCCCCGGGAGUCGCUGCCGGGAUGGCUCCCCGUGCUCACAUCGCUGCCUACAAGGUGUGCGACGAAAUCGCAUGUAUGGGUCACGACAUGUUGGCCGCCAUGGACGCCGCGGUGGACGAUGGGGUCGACGUGCUCUCCUUCUCGAUCAGCGCCGACCCAAUUCCCUUCCACUCGGACCCGAUCGCGCAGGGUACCUUCAACGCUAUCGGCAAAGGUGUCUUCAUCAGCUGCUCCGCCGGCAACGAGGGGCCCGAUCCUGGCUCCGUGAAUAACGAUGCGCCGUGGGUACUUACGGUGGGAGCGAGCACCACAGACCGCCUCUUCUUGGCCUCCGUGAAGCUCGGCAACGGACGAAAGCUCUAUGGGGAAUCACUGCACCGGCCGCGUUCCUUCAACCCCAAAAUGCUACCUCUCGUUUACCCCGGCUUCGUCACGGCUAAAGAUGGCGCCUACAUGUGCAUCAAUGGCACCUUAGAUGGUGUGGACGUCCGCGGAAAGAUGGUGUUGUGCCAGCUUGGCGUCAUUGACAGUGUGCAAAUGAGUGAAGUCGUCAAGAAAGCCGGCGGUGCCGGGAUGAUCGUCAUGAACUAUCCGGUAGACGGGUACACGAUCAUAGCCGACGACCAUGUGCUCCCGACAUCCGUGGUUCCAUACGCUUACGGACUCGAGAUCCAGGCCUACAUCAACUCCACCUCUACCCCGAUCGCGAACAUCAUCUACCACGGAGGGCCGAUCCUCGACGAGCUGCACCACCCGGCCGACCUCUUCGCCGUAGGCGCGGGUCACGUGAAUCCACGGCAGGCCAUCGAUCCAGGUCUCGUCUACGACCUCACACAGGAAGACUACGUUCCGUAUCUUUGUGGCCUCCGCUACAAUGACUCAGCUGUUAGCGCCCUAGCUCGCAAACCCGUGCGCUGCUCGUCUCUUAAGAGCAUCUCCCAAGGAGAGCUGAACUACCCUUCCAUAUCGGUCAAGCUGCGGGCGAACAGUUCGAAGUCGGUCAGCUACACGCGGACGGUGACCAAUGUGGGGAAGCCGACGUCGAUUUACGCGGUGAAGGUCGACAUGCCGAAGGGGGUGUCGGCGAGGGUUACGCCAACCACGCUGUCGUUCAAGAAGGUGAACCAGAAGAAAAGCUUCAGCAUCAGCUUCAGGAGAAGCGGAGGUCGAUCGGGCAGAGUCAGUGGGCAACUGAGGUGGGUGUCGAGGAAGCACGUGGUUAGAAGCCCAAUCUCCAUCGUCUUGAAGUAA